CUUAAAAAGGCGCUGAACUCCCCUCCUCUUCCUCUCCUCUCUAACCCUCCCUCCCUCCUUUCUAUGAACCCCUUCAGGCCAAAUACUCAUUUACUCUCACUGUGUGUGCGUCAACGCGCCGUCUCUCCUGCCGCUGCUGCUGCUCGGGAACCAAAAAAACCGCACGCAGCUGCUUUCAUUUUCCAGAGCUGGAGAGACUGAACGAGCAGGAGCAGGAGAGGAGCUCUCCGCUUCUCGCUGCAGGCAGGGGAUAUCUGCCUCUGAUGGACUUGAUAUAAGGACAAGAAGACACGUUUUUCAUGCGAUAAUGACCACGUAAGGUGGCAGUUACAAGUGGGGGGAAAACAAACUUGUAAAUCCUAAAAAAAACACCGGGUUUUUAAUGUGUUUUAUGUGUUUGCGCUCAACAGUGAGGUAGACGCGGGCGCAUUUUGACCGGAGUGUCGGUGUGUGAUUUUUUUUACCCCCGUGGUGGAUGCGGCUGUCUGAGGGGUCGGUGUCUGAGCCCUGCUGCGGGACCAGCCUGUCAUAGCUGGGCAUCAUCAUGCUUUCUCUGGGUCUUCACAAGUGGAUGAGGAAUAUUUCCCCGGAGAUGUUGCUGUUGGUGCAGAUCUUGUGGUUUUUACCUCUGACUGGAGCGGCUCCGUCUCAGACUACCGAGCAGCUGGACACCGGGGUGGACUGGCUGAGUAAGUUUGGCUACCUCCCUCCCCCUGACCCAGUGACUGGUCAACUCCAGACCAAGGAGGCCCUGACCAAGGCCAUCAAAGCCAUGCAGAAGUACGGAGGGCUGAAGGAGACCGGAGUCUUAGACCAAGCCACACUGGGCCUAAUGACAACACCCAGAUGUUCUCUGCCAGAUGUGUCUGAGGCUGAGGUGACAGUGGGCCGCAGGAAACGAAGCCCAACUCCUCAGAACAAAUGGAAUAAGAGGCAUCUGUCCUGGAGAGUGAGGACCUUCCCUAAGGACUCUGCCUUACUGGGCAGGGACACUGUUCGAGCCCUGAUGUACUACGCCCUGAAGGUCUGGAGUGACAUCGCACCACUCAACUUCCACGAGGUGGCCGGCAGUGAUGCAGACAUUCAAAUCGACUUCACCAAGGCCGACCACAAUGAUGGAUAUCCCUUUGACGGGCCAGGGGGAACUGUGGCGCACGCAUUUUUCCCUGGAGAAAGAUUCACAGCAGGGGAUACGCACUUUGAUGAUGACGAGGCCUGGACCUUCAGAUCUCCAGAUUCUCAUGGGAUGGAUCUGUUUGCGGUUGCAGUCCAUGAGUUCGGUCACGCCAUCGGUCUGGUCCACACCUCAGCCAUAGAGUCCAUCAUGAGACCGUACUACCAGGGUCCCGUAGGAGACCCUCUGAAAUACGACCUGCCCUACGAAGACAAGGUCCGCGUCUGGCAGCUCUACGGUGUCAGAGACUCGGUGUCUCACACAAACCAACCAGGCAACCCCUCCCAGACGGCUGAACCUCCUGUCCUACUGGACCUUCCUGAAAACAGAUCCACUCUCCUGCUGGCGCGAGAUGCCCCGGACAGAUGCACCAGUCACUUUGAUGCAGUGGCCCAGAUACGAGGAGAGGCCUUCUUUUUCAAAGGAAAGUACUUCUGGCGACUAACAAGAGAGAAGCACCUGGUGUCUCUGCGUCCGGCUCAGAUCCAUCGCUUCUGGAGGGGCCUCCCAACCAAUCUGGACGGCGUGGAUGCUGUGUAUGAGAGGCCUGGUGACCACAAAAUAGUCUUUUUCAAAGGUCUAAAGUACUGGGUAUUUAAAGACAAUAUCGUGGAGGAGGGCUACCCUCGUCCAAUUACUGACUUUGGCCUACCCUUGGAAGGAAUUGAUGCGGCCUUUGUUUGGCUACACAACGACAAAACCUACUUCUUCAAGGACAGCCACUACUGGCGCUACGAUGACCACCUGAGGCGUAUGGACCUGGGCUACCCUAAAGACAGCUCGCUUUGGAAGGGGCUGCCGCCACAACUGGACGACGCCAUGAGGUGGUCUGAUGGCUCGUCCUACUUCUUCAAGGGGAAGGAGUACUGGCGAGUGCCGAGCAGCGACAUGGAGGCGGAGGCAGGGUACCCCCGCCUCAUCGCUAAAGACUGGCUGCUGUGCACCGAGAUGCAGUCGGACUCUCCGGACACGGAGCCCAAAAGCACGGAGACGAGAGUCAACGUGCACCAUCAACCGGACCACGCAGAGAACGGAUACGAGGUGUGCUCCUGCACCUCGGACACCGCCUCGCCUUUAGGCGCCCACCCCUCCCCGUCACCCCUGUGGCUGCUGCCACCUCUCUGGACGCUCUCGCUUGCCCUCCGCUCUGAACUGCUAUGAUGCCAAAGCACGGGACAAAGUUCCUGAGCUCAUUUGGUGGAUGGUCAGCUCAGCAGAAGCAAAAAACUGGAAUAUUUUCUUCUUACAGUAUCAUUUGGUAUCCUUUUUGCGCUAAUUUUGUUGUUAUUUAUUUGACAUGUCAUUUGGUUGGCACUGCCAGCUAAUGUAACCAUCUUUAUAGGCAUCAACCCACACAUGCUUUACAAAGUUUUUUUUACUGAAUGGUCAAACUGCCUCAUAUCCGCAAGGAAAAAGGUUGUAGAAAUGUGUUCCAAGAGUAAGUAUUUGUCUUCAUGUGCAGCAGGUUUACAGCUGCAAUGCCUCACAUACAGACAAGUUAAAGGAAUCCUGGGAUGCAGGCAGGUGCAAAGGUGAACAGUGUGCCAACACACACACUGUUGCCAGCAGAGGCUUUUUACAGGGUCAUUUCACCAAAAUCAGUUAAAAAUUGUCAAAGUCUUGUUGGCACUUUUUUUUUAUUACACUCGUGAGCAGGAUGCGACAUAAUUUUGUUCUGCUGUGCACUUAACCCCGUGAAUAGUAUGAAUGACAAUAAUCUUGAAUCUUGAAAAUGACCAAAAAUCAUAUUUUCACACUUACCUCUAGUGGUAUCUAGCCAUGUAGAUGGUUUGAUUUUGAUGUAAUAGUUUCUGCCUCCAACCCCAAUACAGUGGAGAUGAGAGGAAUUCAUUGGUGCAGUUAAACACACUGAAAAAUUACAUUUGGAAAAACUACACAGAUGUAAAAACAACUCUUACUCUGGAUAAUCCAAAGAACUCAUCGGGAUUAUUUACUCUGUUAAAAAUGGUACCAAUGAAAACAGUUGACAACUAAAGGCCUUUACACACUGGGGGCAUUUUUUUUCUUGCCCAGUAUAUUUUUUUGAACUGUUUUUGUCAUGAAUAUUUUAACACAGGAUGUGAAUAUUUUGCGGCGGAACAAGGUUGAUUUUUCUGAGCUUUUGCACCGCGACUGAAGGCAUCAACCAAUCGCGUUGUGCGGAACAGGUUGCACCUAUAUUUAUGAGACACAGAGGCUCCAUAGUACGAACAGCAAAUUUCAUUACUCCUUCCAUUCUUGACAAAGACAGCGGAGACAAGAACCACUACUUCUGUUCCUUUCACAAUAAAAGUCCUAGACAUAUAAUAGUUGCAGGUGAGUAUUUCGCAUUUUCGUGUUUAUUCAUCAUUGCCCCGGUAUGUAAAGGCCUUAAGGUGGUAGAUUAUCCAGAGUAACAGAGACAUUUGAAUUUGAAGUUAUAAAAGUAAUUUCUGUUUACUUUGCUGUGUGCACCACUAACACUUUCCAUUCACCUAACAUUCAGUGUGCAAACUUCUUACUGUGAGAGCCGUAAGUUUGGAUGGAUGAGUAGGUGGAUGGACUCAGUUUCUUUCCCUCAACUGUGCUCUGAAGUGAGGAAGUGCUGCUCAUGUAUGUAUUCCCAUGGUUUCAUCAUUUUCACCUCUGGUGCGGAAGCAUUCCCUACUCUUGGUUUAGUUGUAUCUUUUGUAUCAAAUUUAGAUUAAAUAAUAUUCCUGUUUAUUUGGCAUUGCUUCAAUUGGGUCACAGAGUUCAUAGAGCCUUUUUUUGGACUUUUGGACAAUUUUCUUUUAUCACCCCUAGCUCCUUCUGAAGAGUCACAACGUGGUCUCUGGAUUUAUUCUUGCUGUAAAGAUAUAUUUACCUAUAGACUGAUAUAUUUGAGUUGAAAGGUUCUGCAGCUAUUGCAUAACCGAGUGGACUGUGUAUAUUUUAAGCUGUGUUUUCUAAUGUAAAAUAUUUUUUUAGAAAAAUUAAAAAACAUCUGAAUGACUUUA